AGUAGAAGAAGACUUCACUGUCUACUGCUCUGUGUGGGUACUUGCUCCUUCGGGGUGAACACGGAAGAGGCUAUUCGGUUCAAGGAGCUACACCGAGCCUUUUCACAAAAAUACUUUGAUUUUGUACACAGAAAAUGGCGGUUCCUGCAGGUGCAAAUGUGCAGAUGAACACAGAAACAAAGAACGACCUUUCAAAUCCAUCUGAAAAUGACAUUCACUUUGACGAGAAAGAAUUGGAAAACAUCACAAAUCACGUCGAAGAUGGCACAACACUGCCCCUCCACUCUCCGUGGACAUUUUGGCUUGACAGGUCAUUGCCAGGGACAACAGCAGCAGAGUGCGAAUCCAAUCUGAAAAAGAUCUACACAGUACAAACUGUUCAGAGUUUCUGGAGUGUAUACAACAACAUCCCUCCUGUGACUGCACUGCCUCUAAGAUGUAGUUAUCACUUAAUGCAUGGAGAGAGGAGGCCCCUAUGGGAAGAAGAAAGUAAUGCUAAAGGUGGAGUCUGGAAGAUGAAAGUACCAAAAGAAAGCACUUCUGCUGUUUGGAAGGAGUUGUUACUUGCCACGAUUGGAGAGCAGUUUGCCGAUUAUUGUGCGUCAGAGGAUGAAGUGGUUGGUGUAAGCGUUAGUAUUCGAGAUCGAGACGAUGUUGUUCAAGUCUGGAACGGAAAUGCAUCUCUUGCUAGUGAAGCGAAUAUCUUAGGGAAAGUCUAUGAACUCCUUCCGCACAUAACUUUUAAAGCAGUAUUUUAUAAAUGUGAGUAUGGUCUUUUGUUUUCGUCAUUUAUUUUAAAAUGCAUUGUUUUGAAUGAUUAUUACCCAGCUGGGGGCGGGCGGGCUGUGAAUACUUUGGCUGCUGUGACGCUCCGCAAAAUUAUACUAUGUCUCUAUUUUUGAGUUUUGACUGUGGCAUUGUAGUCUUACAAAAUAUGAAUAAUGUUAUCUGUAUGUAGCUUUUUUUCAAGCUCUUUGAAAUUGAAAGACGUACAAAAAGGUUGAGGCUUUACCAUGCCUGCAUAUCUAUUCCAAUUUAUUCACUUACGGAAACACAACAUCCCCAUCAGCAAAGAUGAUUGAAAAAUGUACUAUACUACUAGCAUACAUACAAAGCAAAAGCGAGAACUGUCAGUUGCCGAUGUUGAAAGUUGCUACCAAACCUGACUUUCUACUGGUGGUAUUGACUAUUUAGAUACUUAACCUAACUGAUGGGCAUUCGUUAAUUUGAAGUAGCAGACGCAUAUAAAAUCUUGCUAUCUAUUGAGCUAGAAUCCAUUAGGAUUUUCACACGCUUUUGGUUAGUUUCACCACUCUGUCUGCCCGCUCUCCAUCUACAUGCCCCCGGUGAGUUUUAGGCAUUUUUAAAAUCCAAGAUCAAAUAUUAGCUAUGUAUGUGAAGUCAAGGGUUUACAUUAAAUAUGACUGUUUUCGUCUUUCAGCUCACAGAGAACAUCAUGCCUUUGAAGGAGGGCGUUCACGACAUUAGCCUCUGCACUUUUUGAUAAAGCUCUAUUCUCGCCUGGAUUUAACCUUCUCUCCUCAACUUAAUCCAAAAUAUAAUUUUGCAUACUGUACAUCGAACCGAGGAAAACGUCAUAGAAUGUUAUUGAUAUAUAUUUUUAUAGAUUCAAAUGGCUGAGUUUCAGUCUGAUGCCUUUUAUUGUUUUUUGGUUUGUUCUUGAAACACAAUUCUAAAGAGAUUCUAUCUUUAAUGUACCGGUAGGUCUUUUUUAAUUUAGUCUGUCAUUUAUUUAAAAAAAAGGUCCUUAGUCUUCAUUCAUGUAAUUUCUGUAAAUGUGUUGUUUCUUCUUUAGAAUGAUAAUGUGCGCUAUCGCUGCACUGUCACUGCUCUGCUCUCUUGGCAUGCCAUGGACCUCACAAGCGAGCAUUGAUCCCUACUGUAUCUAUGGCACACCACUGACCCACAGUUCACUGGUUUUCACUACAUAUGCCCUUAGAGUGAUGUUGCUUGUUUAUACAAUGUAUGUUUUUAGCUGUCUUGGAAUUAUGAAUUGCUUGUUCCAUAUAUACUUUGACUCAUUUGUGAAAAAUUGAGUGUUCUAAAAGUUGUAGUAUUUGUAACUGUUGGCAGACAGUGCUUUUUGGCACACACUCAUGUCUCACCAAUAUUAACAUCAGCAUUGAAGUUAGGGACAUUGACUCCAAUGCUACAGGUAGCAAUGAGCGAAGUCCCCAGACAUUCUUACACAUUAUGAUUAUACUUUGAUUGCAGAGCUGUUAAUAUGCAAUAGGUAUGAACAGUGUUAUACUGGUGUAUUUUUAUUUUGUAUCAGAAAAAAAUGUAACUUUAAAAGGAUCAAAUAUUAACAAAGUACUGUAUAUAUAGUACAUUUCAUUUACACAUUUCUAAAAGUGUGGCAAAUGCAUUCUUUGGAAGUGUUUGGGUGAAUAUAAUAAUAGGAUAAGUUAACAUUCACCUUAUUGAAACUCAGCCCAAAAUAUAAAAAAAUAUCACAUGCUGCUGUCACAUCACUGUCACCAGAACACUUGUGCUGCUAAUAUACACUAUAUAUGCAAAAGUAUUUGGACACCCUUUCAAAUUAGUGGAUUCGGCUGUUUCAGCCACACUCGUUGCUGACAGGUGUAUAAAAUCGAGCACACGCCAUAGACAAACAUUGGCAGUAGAAUGGCCUUACUUAGUGACUUUCAACAUGGCACUGUGACAGGAAGCAAAAAGUCAGUUUGUCAAAUUUCUGCCCUUCUAGAGCUGCCCCGGUCAACUGUAAGUGCUGUUAUUGUAAAAUUGCAAUGUCUAGGAGCAACAAUGGCUCAGCCGUGAAGUGGUAGGCAACACAAGCUCACAGAACGGGACCGCUGAUGCACGUACAAAUAGUCUGUCCUCGGGUGCAACACUCACUACCGGGUUCCAAACUGCCUCUGGAAGCAACAUUGGCACAAGAACUGCUCAUUGGGUGCUUCAUGUAUUGGGUUUCCAUGGCCGAGCAGACGCACACAAGCCUAAGAUGAACAUGCUCAAUAAGUGUUUGCUGGAGCAGUGGUAAUGUGUUCUCUGGUGUGAUGAAUCACGCUUCACCAUCUGGCAGUCUUGACGGACGAAUCUGGGUUUGGCGGGUGCCUGAAUGCUAGUGCCAACUGUGAAGGAGGAAUAAUGGCCUGUGGCUGUUUUUCGUGGUGCUGGUUAAGCCCCUUUUUUCCAGUGAAGGGAAAUCUUAACGCUACAGCAUACAGUACAAUGACAUUCUAGAUGAUUCUGUGUUUCCGACUGGCAACAGUUUGGGGAAGGCCCUUUCCUGUUUCAGCAUGACAAUGCCUCCGUGAGGUCCAUACAGAAAUGGUUUGUUGAGCUCAAUGUGAAAAAGCUUGACUUGAUUGCUUAGAGCCCUGACCUCAACCCCAUCAAACUCCUUUGGGAUGAAUUGGAAUGCCGACUGUGAGCCAGGCCUAAUCGCCCAACAUCAGUAAUGCUCUUGUGACUGAUUGGAAGCAAGUCCCCGCAGUAAUGUUCUAACAUCUAUUGGGAAGCCUUCCCAGAAGAGUGGAUGCUGUUAUAGCAGCAAAGGGGGGACCAACUCCAUUUUAAUGCCCAUGAUUUUGGAAUGAGAUGUUCCACGAGCAGGUGUCUAUAUACUUUUGGUCAUGUAGUGUGUGACCUCUGUUAUUUCUGUUUUUAAUCCCAUUAUCUUAAAGUGAGCUGUACUGAUCACAUUUUACAUUAGAAUUGUGCCUUCCGCUGCCCAGGGUCUCAGUUGUAGAAUUUGAUUUAAAAAUAUAUGCAACUUGUUCCUAUAUUUGUGAGUUUUGUUGCAUUUGUUGUUCGAGGGUUAGUGAAAAAUAAAAUUUGUGGGAAUAUUCUGAUGCUUUGGUCUUGGCCGCAUUAUCUCCACCUACUGGUGGCUUUUUGUCGUAUAUUUCACUUGCAUUUCUGCUGCAAGUCACUUAAUACAGAGUGCUACUGAUACUCUGCUCAGUAUCAUCACCCCUGAAAUGAAAAAAAUUAAUAAAAACGAACUUUCUGUGUCCUUUG